AUGGCGACGGUGCCACUUCCAGAAAACUCCUCAGAAGAGAAGCCAGCCAUAUCACCCAACGACUCCAUAAGUCACAGUCUCCAUACCCUAGAGCAAUCUGCCACGCCGUGGAUCGACUACGCGGUCGAGCAGGCUCGGGUUUACCAGAAGACCAUCGAAGAGACUUUCGAUUCCGCCAUCGAAGCUUCUAGAUCACGUCUCUCCGAGAUUCGGUCCACCUCCGCUGCUCAUUUCAGCCAAACCAUUAACUCUUUGGAAGAUAUCAAGUCUGAUUAUGGUACUUAUGAGGAUAUGUUUUUUGGGAAGAUUAAAGAGGGUGUUCUUAUUGCGGCUUCACAUCCCAUGAUUACUGGUGGAGUUGCUGCUGGUUUGGGUCUUCUGGUUUUAAAAAGGCCACGACGCAUGUUGUACCACAAAACUUUGCGCCUUUUUGUGAGCGAAGAGUCUUUACUUUCUAGAGCUGAUGCCAAAGUAAAGGAGUUGCGACAUUCAAUUGAUCUUCUAAAGGCUGAAGGUGAAAAAUUAGAGAAGAGGGCAUCACAUGCUGAAGAGGAACUGAUAAGGGGAAGGACAAAACUCAGACAUACAGGGAAACAAAUUGAAAGUGUCAUUCGCUCAGCUUAUAAGAUUGAAAGACAAGCAGCGGGUCUAAAAGAUAUCCUUGGAGAACUUCCUAGAAGAGAAGCAUCCAUGUUCCGGUCACAAGUCUCCAAACUAGCUACCGAGGCAAAGCAAGAAAGGAAUGCUUUGACAAAGGAAGUCACAAAAAUUAGCAAUUAUGGGAUCUCAGUCUGA